GUAAGCAGAUGAACGAUGAUAAGAUAGCGAGUGAUUACAAGAUACAGGGUGGUUCAGUUCUUCAUCUAGUUCUUGCUCUCAGGGGUGGAAACUAAUCUUCAAGCUUCAUAAUGUCCUACCAGCUCUACAGGAAUACCACCUUGGGGCACACCCUCCAGGAGUCCCUGGAUGAGCUGAUGCAACUGCAAAUGCUUUCCCCAGCCCUCGCUCUCAGGGUCUUGACUCAGUUUGAUAAAGCUAUCAACACUGGUCUGGCCAAUCGAGUCAAAUCUAAGCUUCAUUUUAGGGCUGAAAAGUUGAACACCUACAGGUUCUGUGACAACGUCUGGACCUUCAUGCUCAGGGAUGUUGAAUUCCGUGAACAUGCCGAGGUCUCGAAAGUAGAUCGGGUCAAAAUAGUUGCCUGUGAUGCUAAGAAUGCUGUUGGGCGUGCUGAAGCUGAUUAAAUAUGAUAAAACUCAAUUUAAAAGACACUGAAAAGAUGUGACAAAUCAACCAUUUUGUCCUACAAAUUAUUUGUGUACUAUGAUUCGUAUCAUUUUAAAAUUCAACUUGUUCUUGCUUUUUGAACUUCAGUCAAUUGCACUUCAGUUUAUUACACUUAAGUGUUCGAUAUCUAAGUAUAUUGUACUUUAAUUUAUUGUACUAUUACUUUUUUACUGUACUUUAGUUUACUGUACUUCAGUUUACUGUACUUCAGUUUACUGUACUUCAGUUUAUUGUACUUCAGUUUACUGUACUUUAGUUUACUGUACUUUAGUUUACUAUAUUUCAUUUUACUGUACUUUUGUUUACUGUACUUUAGUUUACUGUACUUCAGUUUACUGUUCUUCAGUUCACUGUACCUCAGUUUGUUGUACUUCAGUUUACUGCACUUCAGUUUACUGUUCUUUAGUUUACUGUACUUCAGUUUAUUGUACUUCAUUUUACUGCACUUCAGUUUACUGUACUUCGGUUUACUGUACCAGUUUAUUGUAAUUCAGUUUAUUGUAAUUCAGUUUAUUGUACUUCAGUUUACUGUACUUCAGUUUACUGUACUUCAGUUUAUUGUAAUUCAGUUUUAUAUACUUCAGUUAACUGGUUUUAAGUUCACCAUACACAAGUAUACUUUUACUGUUCUUAAGUAUUCUGUACUUAAGUUUCUGAACUAUACUGAAGUAUUCUGAACUACAGUACAAGGUCAUUAUUCUAAUUUUAGAAAAUUAACAUAAUUAAAUCUGAUUGUUUUUGUUCUUUUCUCUCAAAAUAAUUAUGCCUCAUUUUUGUUCAA